AUGGAACCCGACUGGACCCCAGACGUCGUGGUGGCCGUGGAUUUUGGCAUGACCUGCACAGGCAUUGCCUAUUCCUAUGCCCCCAAAUGGCCCGCCCCUAAGCCCCUCCAGCACUGGCCGGGCCUGAUGGGCUCGGAACUGGCCAACAAACUCCCCAGCAGACUCCGAUAUGACCCCUCAACCGGUCAAGUGCAAAGUUGGGGCUUUCAGUGUGAGCGCGGUGGCGAUGUGAAAGAGGUUUUCAAGCUCAAUCUGGAUCCGCAUUUUGUGGAUUCGCGGCCCAAUCCCCCCAGCCGGAUGGAUGCGAUGAAGUGGUUCACGGACUAUAUCCACUGCAUUUACCGCUAUGUAGUCUCGCAUUUUACAAGCACUUUCCCCAGAUUUUCGUCGCGGAAUGUCGAGUUUAUCUUCAGCAUUCCUACCACGUGGAAAGAUCCGCGCAUGGUGGCAGAACUCAGGCAAUCUAUCCGACUCGAUUCGACUUGUCAUCGGGCGACUAUCGGGUUGACUGAGGCAGAGGCUGCGGCUGUAUAUGCCAGUGGUCAGUUCUACCAGGUAGGCGCACCCUUUUUCUUUUUUACUUGCGUGUGUCGACCAUAG